GUUUCGAUAGGUUAUGUUGUCGUUUUUUAUGUUACGAUGGAAAUUUCCGUUCGAGUUGCCGCAUCUACGAUCUAAAUUUGUCCUUUGUGUAUCUGCUGUUUACUCAAGUUGGUGGGAAUAGAUGCGGUUAAAAUGCCAGGUCCAAAAAACACCACGAAUCUACUGAAGCAACUGCGAGGAUUAAUGCAAAAUGUUUCGUACGUGAACGAAUCUAUCCAAGCAUACAUCGUACCAUCAUCGGACGCUCAUGGCAGCGAGUAUUUGGCCGAAUGCGACGAACACAGGGCUUUCAUCAGCGGCUUCACCGGAUCCGCCGGCACUGCCAUCAUUACCGAGAAGGAAGCUCUAUUAUGGACGGACGGGAGAUAUUAUUUGCAGGCGUCCGAACAGCUGGACGAGAAUUGGACUCUGAUGAAGGAGGGAUUACCCACGACGCCCACUCAAGGGACGUGGUUGUCGAAGAACCUGCCGUCCGGAUCUCGCGUGGCAGUGGAUCCGAAAGUCUACGCUCACAGCACGUUCAUCAAUCUGCAAAAACAGUUGGAAACCAUGGGUCAGAAACUGACUCCCGUCAAUCAAAACUUGAUCGAUUUAAUUUGGACCGAUCGUCCGUGCAGACCUGCCAACCCCGUCAAACCUCUCCCUUUGAAAUACACCGGCAAAUCGGUUGGGGAUAAGUUUGCGGCGGUGCUGAAGGAGAUGAAAGAGAAGAACGCCAAAUUCCUGGUGUUGAGCAAGUUGGACGAGAUUGCGUGGUUUUUGAACCUGAGAGGAGCCGACAUCACGUACAAUCCCGUCUUCUUUUCCUACGUCAUUGUCACCGACACGUCCUACAUCCUGUUUAUCAAUCCCAAUCAGUACAACGAUUCGGUGGAGAAGCACCUGGUUGCCGAAAGCGGCGACAUCGCUUUCCAAGUGGAGAAUUACGACAAGAUCGAAUCGUUCUUGGCACAAGCGGUGAAAAACCUCAGCAACGGUUUCGUGUGGUUAUCGGACGGCGCUCCCUACAGUCUCACCAGUCUGGUGCCCAGCAAGAAUCUGCUCACCGAAAUCACUCCCAUUCAACUGAUGAAAGCCGUCAAAAACAAGGCGGAAAGCGACGGUAUGCGUAACGCACACAUCAAAGAUGCCGCUGCGCUGUGUUGCUAUUUCGCGUGGCUCGAAGAACAAAUAACCAACGGACAGUCGGUCACCGAGAUUUCCGGUGCCCAACGUCUGGAACAGUUCCGGAGUCAGCAGCAGGACUUUGUGGGGCCGAGUUUCGAGACGAUCAGUUCGUCGGGUGCUCACGGUGCCAUCAUUCAUUACGCUCCCAAACCGGAAACGGACGUCGCGAUAAACGCCAGUUCCGUUUAUCUGUGCGAUUCGGGCGGUCAAUAUUUGGACGGCACCACCGACGUCACCAGAACGAUGCAUUUGGGAACGCCUACCGACUUUGAAAAGGAAGCGUACACGCGCGUCCUCAAAGGUCAGCUUAAAUUGGGCGCCGCCGUUUUCCCAACUAAAAUCAAAGGGAACCAUCUGGACAGUCUGGCCCGCGAAUUCCUGUGGGAGGUCGGUUUGGAUUAUGGGCACGGAACGGGACACGGAAUAGGGGCGUACCUGAACGUGCACGAAGGUCCGAUGGGCAUUUCGUGGCGUCACAUUCAAGACGAUCCCGGUUUGGAAUGCGGCAUGUUCCUGUCCAACGAACCGGGCUUUUACCAGGACGGACAGUUUGGAGUGCGCAUCGAAGACAUUGUGGAAAUCGUGCCCGCAAAAACGACGCACAAUUUCAACGACCGCGGCUAUUUGACGUUCGACACGAUCACGCUGGUGCCGAAACAGACCAAGAUGAUCAAGACGGAGAUGCUGACGGACAAGGAGAUCAAACAGCUGAAUGACUACCAUCAGAAGUGCAGAGACGUUGUCGGACCCUUGUUGGAGCAACAGGGACAAGUGAGCGCCAAAAAGUGGCUCUGGAAAGAGACCGAACCUAUUUCCAAAUGAACACAAACAACGCGGCCGUCUAUGGUCGUUCUAUAAAAAACAAUCUUGUACAUCAUUAUCAAUUUUAUAUUAGUUAGUUAUUCAUUAAUUACAAGAGAAAUAUAUGAUCAUUGAAUUUG